AAUAUCUUAUACUAUACUAAAUCAGCCCCACUAGAUAAUAGUAAGCCGAACUUCCAGGCCAUCUCAGAUAAGGACAUUUUAACCUAUGAGAACAAUACAAGCAACAGAGAUAUAAUAUCAGAAAUUAACAGUAUAAUUAUAAAUAAGCUUCCUGAGUAUUCUAAUAAUAUAACUGAUAUAUCUAUAAAAGCUCUCAUAAUAUUAAUCUGUGAGUAUAUUCUAUUUUAUAAUAUACUAAAUCUAGCCACCAGCAGACGUUUGUCGCUGCCUUGCGACGUCCACAUUCGAUGGCCAGGUCACCAUGGCGACAACGUCGUAGGCGUUUUAUAUUUCCAAGCCAAAAAACAAAAA